AUGGCGAAGGAAGACGAUCUCAUACUUACAAUAGACAGCGAUGUUGAAGUUGAAAAUGAUGCUGCCGAAUCCUCAGACGAAGAAGAAAUUGUAACUCAGGGAAAGGACGAUGAAGCAGGUAACGAAGGUAAAAGAGACAUGAACCCCGAUUUCCAUUUCUCCAUGGGGGAUGGCUUCGAUGAAAUCCAAGAUUGGGAAGUCGAAGAACCAUCGAAUGACAUAGACUUGAACGCAAUUAUUAAGAAGAAAAGAAGGGACCAGAUUGAGUCUGAAUCUCAAGGUGAAUCUGAAGGUGAAGGCGAUGACGAUGAUGACGAAGAAGAAGAAGAUUGCAAAAGCCACACGAAAGAUGAGGAAGAGGGAGACGACAAAGACGAAGAAGACAACCAGGAGGACAUUGAUAACUUCUACGAAGCACAAGAAACCACCUCGUCUACAACUACAAAAUCAUUCCAAGACCUCCAGCUCUCGCGACCAAUCCUCAAAUGCUUACAAACAAUGGGAUUCACCCAGCCAACACCCGUACAAGCAUCGACUAUCCCCAUCGCCUUGCUAGGUAAGGACAUCGUGGCAGGGGCUCAAACAGGUAGUGGUAAAACCGCAGCAUACUUGAUCCCCAUAAUCGAGCGUCUACUUUUCAAAAACUCCACCUCGACAAAAGCCAUCAUCUUGGCACCCACGAGAGAAUUGGCCAUCCAGGUGUUUGACGUGGGUAGGAAAUUAGGCCAGUAUGUUCAAAAUCUCAAUUUCGGUAUGGCGGUCGGUGGGUUGAGUCUUAAACAACAGGAACAGCAGUUGAAAACACGGCCCGAUAUCGUCAUUGCCACACCAGGUAGAUUAAUCGACCAUAUCAGAAACAGUCCCAGCUUCAGUGUCGAAGAUGUACAAGUCUUGGUGAUUGAUGAAGCCGACAGGAUGCUCGAGGAAGGGUUCCAAGAAGAACUCACCGAAAUCCUUCAACUAAUCCCCAAAUACAAGCGUCAAACUUUGCUAUUUUCCGCCACUAUGAACACCAAGAUCCAAGACCUCGUGCAGUUGUCCUUAAACAAACCAGUCAAGGUGAUGAUUGACCCACCAAAGACGGUAGCGUCGAAAUUAAAGCAGCAAUUUGUCCGAAUCCGUAAACGUGAAGAGCUCAAGCCUGCCUUAUUAUACCUCCUUCUCAAGAAACUCGAAGGACGAGUAGUGGUUUUCGUGCGCACAAAAGUCGAAGCCCACAAGCUUCGUAUCAUCUUGGGGUUGUUGGGCCUAACAGUGGCCGAGCUCCAUGGUGCACUCACACAGGAGCAGCGUCUAGCCAACGUCAAGGCAUUCAAACAGCUGGUCAACGUGUUGAUAUGUACCGAUUUGGCCGCUAGAGGUUUAGAUAUCAAGAUUGAGUACGUGAUAAACUACGAUAUGCCCAAGACCUACGAGAUCUACUUGCAUCGUGUCGGUAGAACCGCGAGAGCCGGCCGUAAAGGUACAUCGAUUACAUUUGUCGGUGAAAGCAACCAAGAGCGAAGUAUAGUGAAACUGGCGAUCACCAAUGGCCAGUCCGUGGCGCGGAAAGUUGAUUGGAAUGAAGUUGAAGCGGUGAAUGACAAGAUCAAGAACAGCGAAGGAGCAAUUGACGAAGUGUUGCAAGAGGAGAAACAAGCUCGCGAGAUUAUGCACGCGGAGAUGCAAUUGAACAAGGCGGAAAACUUGAUGAAAUACGAAAAGGACAUCAAGGCUCGACCAAAGAGAACCUGGUUCAAGAGUGAAGUCAUGGAACAGUUGACGAAACAUGGUAAAAAGGUUAAUUCAAAGAAAAGAAAGGUUAAUGAAGAGAGAAAGGAGAACAAGGGGGAGAGAUCGUAUAAAAAGACUAAAGCUGAUCGAACUGCUAAAGCGUCCAACAAGAAAUCGCUGAAAAAGAAGAGAUAG